AUGUCCUCAGCUCCCGAUUUGCCACCUGAGAUAAUCUACCUUAUUACCCAACACCUCUCUCGACACCACAUUCUCCCAUUACUCACACUCAAUCGUCAUUGGCACCGCGUCAUUGUUGCCGAACUCUACAAUGUCAUACGCAUUCGCAGCGCCCGUGAGCAGUACCACUAUUGGAACCUUUUCUGUGAGACACGACGCAGUCGUCAAGGAGAGCAACAACAACAGCAUGGCAGCAGCUUUUACUCGCCAAUGAACUAUGCAGCGCAUAUACGUCAACUUGAUUUGUCGUGGUCAUAUCCAGGCAAGAGGAUUACGGAUGCUUUGCUUGAUGACUUGACGAAGGAUUGCAUUCAGCUGGAGAGUAUCAAUAUAUACAACUGCUUUGAUAUUACGUCGCGUGGACUUGGUCGAGUACUCGAGAACUGCAGCAAGAUCAGGCACUUGUACGCUGCCAUGGCUACCAGUAUCACAUCCAAAUGUCUCCUCAUACCUCCCUUGACCCAUUUACAACAACUCGAGACGAUCAAUUUAUAUGGACUUGAAUCCCCUCUUUUCUUUCGAUCCAUCACCAAACGCAGGAACAAGAAUGCACUAAGACAUCUCGAUCAUAUCCGAACCCUUCACUUGACAGGGCCUGUUCCCAACGAGUUGAUACCCAUCAUUGGACAUUCAUUACGUGAUUUGACACUUGACCAUAUCAAAGCCAAACACACCGGCCAUGACGAUGAUCAAGUAUUGCAGCUAUUAUUUCAACAUACACCUCUUCUCACACGCAUUCGACUCAAAGACUAUCAUCUCGCAUCCUCAUCAACCCUUGGACGCCUUCCUCUUCAUUUGCAAGCACUGGAAUUGGAUCAUUGCCGGUUAACAUAUGAUUCACCACCACCGCCACCCUUUGUGAAAUAUCUAAAGGCAUUGGAAUUACCCGACACCAGCGUAAAAACCAUUGACAUGUGGAUCGAGCAAUGCACCCAUCGAUUAUUAAGGUUUACAGCACCUCCAAACAUACCAGGGCGCGCAUUGGAAAUGCUUAUGGAAAGGUGUCCCCAUCUCGCUCAUCUGACAAUGGAUCAUGCUGUAUCCCCUGUUGACAUCACUGCCAUCAUCAUGUAUCGUGACUAUUUGGACCGUGCACUCACCACCUCGUAUUGGGCCAAUACCCUUGUGUCGCUUGAUGUGAUGAUUCCUUUUACUGUGCCCCAUCAACCGCUUCCUCAACUUGAACAUUUACACAUGCGAUUCCCAGUCCCCAGCAUACGGCUUGAAGGAACGAUGAUCCGAGAUUUGUAUCCAGCACUUCGUGUUUUGUACAUUGAACAAUUGACUUUUGCGUUUGAGUCACAACAACAACAAGAGGAGCCACUUUGGUUGGGAACAAACGCACCCUGGUUGGAUCAAUUGGAUGCAUUCAUGUUACCCACGCAGUAUUACCGAGAACCCACCGAACAGCUAGUACGAUUAAGAGAACAAUACGAGCAUUGGUACAGUCACAAAUACAUUUGGUAA